UGACCAGGAUGGUCUCAAUCUCCAGACCUCAUGAUCUGCCCACCUCGGCCUCCCAAAGUGCUGGGAUUAUAGGCAUGAGCCAUAACCCCAAGGUUGAAAGUGUCAGUUAUGACACUAUUUUUUUUCAUAAAUUCUCAAAUAGACGUAUUUCAAUAUGGCACUCAAAAGACGUGUCUUGGAAAUUUCAUUACACCUUUUUGGGAAGACUUAAUUUGUUCUCUUUAACCUCCUAUUUAUUACGGAAGCAUCUAGGCAUUAGCCUUUAUUCCUAGGGCAUUAAUAUCUUUUUCCAGCUUUAUUUUUUAGUAUGCAGAUACAGAGAUGAAGACGUAGAAGUGUUUUGUAGAAGAGCCGUUUACCUGGAAACCUAUAGUGAAAAUGCUUCAUAUGGUGCAUUUUAUUCUUCAUUUUGUCUGGACAUUUGAAGACCAAGAAAGAACAUUAUAAAAUGGGCAGGGAAAUGGUGGCUGUUAAGAUACAGUAUCAGUAGUUUGCUUUGUGGCUUCAAGUUUAUAAUCUUUCAUAAUAGAAUCGUGUAUCCAUUGAACAAUUUCAAAACCUCCAUAGUUGACCCCAAGGCUUCUCGGGUAGGGCGUAUGAAUUUGUUCUUUCUGCAAAUGUGUCCCCCUCCUCUGUAUAGCACUCAAUCUCAUUCCCUUUUUAGUGUCCUGGUGAAGACCUAGUUCUUUCCGGAGACAAUUCCACUUCAGAAGUACUUUACUUAAGAGGACUUGCCAGGCUGGACAAUGCCCGUUGACUUGGGGCAGACGCUAGGCCUGCUGCCAUCACUGGCGAAGGCUGAGGACUCCCAGUUCUCAGAAUCCGAUGCUGCCCUUCAAGAGGAACUCUCCAGCCCUGAGACCGCGCGCCAGCUUUUCAGGCAGUUCCGUUACCAGGUGAUGUCUGGGCCUCACGAGACCUUGAAACAGCUUCGGAAGCUCUGUUUCCAGUGGCUGCAGCCAGAGGUUCACACCAAAGAGCAGAUCCUGGAGAUCCUCAUGUUGGAGCAGUUUCUAACCAUCCUGCCUGGGGAGAUCCAGAUGUGGGUGCGGAAACAGUGUCCAGGAAGUGGAGAAGAGGCAGUGACCCUUGUGGAGAGUUUGAAGGGGGACCCGCAGAGACUGUGGCAAUGGAUCAGUAUCCAGGUUCUAGGACAGGACAUCUUAUCAGAGAAGAUGGAAUCUCCAGGCUGCCAAGUGGGGGAAGUGGAGCCCCAUCUGGAAGUGGUGCCUCAGGAAUUGGGACUUGAGAAUUCAUCACUAGGGCCUGGGGAGCUUCUGAGCCACAUUGUGAAAGAGGAAUCUGACACAGAAGCAGAACUAGCCCUGGCUGCCUCCCAGCCUGCCCGACCAGAGGAAAGGCUGAUCAGAGACCAGGACCUCGGAGCCUCACUGCUCCCAGCAGCACCGCAGGAACAGUGGAGACACCUGGAUUCCACUCAAAAGGAGCAAUACUGGGAUCUCAUGCUGGAGACCUAUGGGAAAAUGGUCUCAGGAGCAGGCAUUUCCCAUUCCAAACCUGACCUGACUAAUUCAAUAGAAUAUGGGGAAGAGCUGGCAGGACUGUACCUUCAUGUCAAUGAGAAGAUCCCAAGACCCACCUGCAUAGGAGACAGACAGGAGAAUGACAAGGAGAACCUAAACUUGGAGAAUCACAGGGACCAGGAGCUCUUGCAUGCUUCCUGUCAAGCCUCAGGAGAGGUUCCUUCUCAGGCUUCCUUGAGGGGCUUCUUCAGUGAGGAUGAGCCAGGAUGCUUUGGAGAAGGAGAGAAUCUCCCUGAGGCUCUGCAGAACAUUCAGGAUGAGGGAACAGGGGAACAGCUCUCUCAUCCAGAAAGGAUUUCUGAGAAACAACUAGGUCAGCAUUUGCCUAAUCCUCAUUCAGGAGAAAUGUCCACCAUGUGGCUUGAGGAGAAGAGAGAGACCUCCCAGAAGGGGCAGCCAAGAGCCCCCAUGGCCCAGAAGCUCCCCACCUGCAGGGAGUGUGGGAAGACGUUUUAUAGGAAUUCUCAGCUUGUUUUUCACCAAAGAACUCACACCGGAGAGACCUACUUUCAGUGCACCAUCUGCAAAAAGGCCUUUCUGCGGAGUUCAGACUUUGUGAAGCAUCAGAGAACUCACACAGGAGAGAAGCCCUGUAAAUGUGAUUACUGUGGGAAAGGCUUUAGUGACUUCUCAGGAUUGCGCCACCACGAGAAAAUCCACACGGGAGAGAAACCCUAUAAAUGUCCCAUCUGUGAGAAAAGUUUCAUUCAGAGAUCAAACUUCAAUAGACACCAGAGGGUUCACACAGGAGAGAAGCCUUAUAAAUGUGCGCACUGUGGGAAGAGUUUCAGCUGGAGGUCGAGCCUUGACAAACAUCAAAGAUCCCACUUAGGAAAGAAGCCCUUUAAGUAGCCGGUAACCAAACCCUCUUUCCCCAUUUCUAUCUCCCAGCCCAUUAAAAAUAUACUCAGCUCCAUCAAGAGGAAUUGUGUCUCUGAGAGGAUACCUGUUCAUCUCCUCUUUUCAUGGAUCGGAGAGGAGAGAAUCUGGACAUGGCUUUGGACUUGGAGGAUGUCUUGGAUUGGAUUUCACAAUGGCUUAAAUUCUUGAUUCUGCCUCAGGAGAAAGAAUAGUCUUCAUGUUUCCACUCAUCCUUCCUUUGGACCCACUGGGGAAAAAGUCUAAACUGGAGAUCCAGUUUUAGAAGUGCUUUCUGGGAAGCAUUUAAUGGGAUUAGCUGUAGUCACUGCUUAUGGGAAGAACCUCAGAUGAGCCCCUUACAAUGGGUUCUAGAGCAGGUCUUCUGUUCAGAAGCGGAGAAGAGAAGCAUAGAGGGCCAGUGAGCUCAUGUGUGUUCUUUGUCAUAGGGGUGGAAAACUCACUUCAAGUGUCCCUUGUUUGAAAUAAACUUAGAGUCACUUUCUAUCUUA